GUAACAAUUCUGUCAUACGAUGCCAGAAUCGUAAUCUUACCUUUAUCAUUCAUUUUCAACAAUUUAAAUUAACUACAGUUCUGCACCCAGUUUUAUUCUUAGUUCUGAUUUCAAUGUAAAUGGAAUGAAUUGGAAUAUUUUUUUAAAUAAUAUUUUGAAAGUGAAUUUAUUAAUUUAAUAUUUUGUAAAACGGAUAAUUAUCAGGAACCUGUACUUAAGCAUAACAGUUGCAGCCAAAGAGAAACUUAACAACAGUCUUGAAUUCAACUCAAUUUCAAAUAAUUCCGAACUUGUGAAUACCAACGCCAUUACUAUACCAGCUUAGCAAACGAACAGUAGUUUUACCUGUAGUUUCAAUACAACUAUAUUACAAGGUCAACAGUCUGCAAACACUUCAACUUUUGAAUCAACAAAGCCUAAAAUUUUCAUGCUAAUAAAUCCCAGAAGAUGACGUACGUCGUUGAUUGAGCAUGGUCACGAAUUAGUCACAAAUCAAUGAGGAACGUCCGUGCAUGGUCGCGUGGUUUCUACUGUGUUGAUGCGACGUAAACAAACAAAAAAUAAAAAUAAUAAAUAAAUAAAAUAAAAAAGCUAGGAAUAAUGUUUACAUCUGGUCAAUGAAACAACUUGUUUAACCGACACAUCAUUAUUCAGUUUAGUUUAUUUACUUUUAGUGAGAUAUGAGGAGCAAAUAAUAUGUAAAGAGGAGCAAAUGUUAUAGAAACAAGUUAACUGUGUAUAAUGAAUUUAUAAAAUCAAUGUAAAAUCGAAAAGAGCUUUGACACGCUAACGUUAAAGUGCAAUUAAUGGAAAUUUCAAAAGCAUACGUCUUCCUCUUCACUAUAACAUUCGUUUUAAUAUUUAUAACGUAUUUGGUUACAAAACUUGGUGUUCGUCAUGAGACAUUUCUCAAUUAUAAUUCAAAAAUGAAAAAUGAAAGUGUUGAAAUAUUGGAAAUUAAAAAAGGGGCAAAAACAGGCAAUACAACUGAAGAAGAGAAAAACGGAACGUGCGAGUUUUGUUUCAAACGUGUUCCAAAUCUCAUUGUACAGUUUGGCAAACCUCGUACAGCGACAACUUUACAAUUUUAUUUAUUGUGUUUAAUGAUGGCUUUUCUUCAUGAGGAUGAGAAGAAUUCUGUGGGUUGUUAUUAUAAUAGGUUUGAAACAAACAAUAAGUAUAGAGUUAUAAAAGUACACAGCAUACCCGAUAAAGGGUUGUCUUUCAUACCAACUGGUUCUUGGAUUUUUAUGACAUCCAAAGGUCCAUUGACAAAGCCAGAACAAGACCAAGCUAGAAAACUGAAACAAAGGCGUAUAGCUAUUCCAUAUAUUGCAGAUGUUAAUCUUGUCUCAAAAAGGGGUCAUUUUAUUGCAUAUGAAUAUCAAAAAUUCUUUGGUUUAUCAAAUGAAAAUAUGACACAUGUUGUGGAAUAUUUGCGAUACUGGGAUAUUCUUCGGGUUUGUUGUGGAACACAAAUGUCAUCGGAUUGGCGAAAUCAUCUAGCACCUGAGAAAAAUUACAGGAAUCACCACGACCCUCACAGUCUAUUAUACCCUGCUUGUGAAAUGUAUAAUAUAAGUAAUGUUGAAACCCUGCUUCUUAAAUCACAUGCAUACAAGACAUUUUCCAGUCAUUCUUCAUUGAAGAACAUUCUUGGAAAACCGUCACUAAUUGACGGAAAUUUGGAUGGCAGUUAUUGCAAACGUUGCAAUGCCAAUAUUUCCAAAAAUAAAUUGCACAUGAACAAAAGAUGUACAUAGCUACUUUUGUCAAAACAGGAUUUAAGUAAUUUCUGUUCUUAAACAAAUUAUUACAACGACAUUGUUUGAAGGUGAAAAGCGAGUUGUGAGAGCUAAAGAAAGUUAUUUUUUAAACCCUUGAGCAGACAUCGACCUGGCAAUACAUGUAAAUGGUUCAGCGAGUUGAACUAUGAUAUUUUGUUUUUGAAAACAGUAAUAUGAUAACCAAAAAUACUAUACAAAAAUAAGAAAAAAUGGCAUUUCUAACAACUAGUUGGCCUUUAAAUCAGACUGGUGUCCUAUUAAACAUGUAUGAGAUUGAUGAACAACCACAGUAAUACACCAAACCAAAGUUGUACAAAAUGUAAAACUGUUUCUUAACUAUUGGGCUAAAUGCGACGUGUCAUCUUUAUACGGGAGGAAAUUACUCGCUUAAAAAACAAACAAGAUUUAUCGUGAUAGGUGUGGUCGAUUGGUGGACAAUUUAAAAAACGUCACAUAGAAAGUAUCAUGCUCUUCGCUUAACGAUUUGGUGAUGCUUUUUUAAAUCAAAGUGCUGCAAGCUCUGUGGUAUUUUUUGGUAUUUGCAAUCGAAAUCGUACUGUAAAUCUGUAUGUAUUUUCCUGUAUAGGUUUAAUUCUAUAUAAUAUAAUUCAUCUAACAUGUGUCCAACUACAACAGGUUAUAUAAUCACUACAUAAUGUUACAUAAUAUUACUCAAGAAGUUAAUCAUAUAUAUUUUUCAUACAUAUU